AGGAUGGCAACUGUCAAGGGUGAACUUAUUAAGAAUGUCGCUGAGGAGAAGGCCAUUCAUCACAAUAAGAUCUCCAUUGUAGGAAGUGGAUCGGUUGGUGUGGCUUGUGCUAUCAGCAUCUUAUUAAAAGGUUUGAGUGAUGAACUCGUCCUUGUGGAUGAUGAUGAAGGCAAACUGAAGGGUGAGACAAUGGAUCUUCAACAUGGCAGCCCCUUUAUGAAAAUGCCAAAAAUUGUCUCCAGCAAAGAUUACCUGGUCACAGCAAACUCCAAUCUAGUUAUUAUCACGGCAGGUGCACGCCAGAAAAAAGGAGAAACACGCCUUGAUUUAGUCCAGCGAAACGUGUCCAUCUUUAAAUUAAUAAUUCCGAGUAUUACCCAAUACAGUCCUCACUGCAAACUGCUUAUUGUUACUAAUCCAGUGGAUAUCUUAACUUACGUAGCCUGGAAAUUGAGUGCAUUUCCCAAAAACCGUGUUAUUGGAAGUGGCUGUAAUCUGGACUCUGCUCGUUUUCGUUACUUUAUUGGGCAAAGGCUUGGCAUCCACUCUGAAAGCUGUCAUGGGCUGGUCCUUGGAGAGCAUGGCGACUCAAGUGUUCCUGUGUGGAGUGGUGUGAACAUCGCUGGUGUCCCUCUGAAGGACCUGAACCCAGAUAUAGGAACUGAUAAAGAUCCUGAGCAGUGGGAAAAUGUCCACAAAAAAGUGGUUUCCAGUGGCUAUGAGAUGCUCAAAAUGAAAGGUUAUACUUCUUGGGGCGUUAGCCUAUCAGUAGCUGAUUUAACAGAAAGUAUUCUGAAGAAUCUUAGGAGAGUGCAUCCAGUUUCUACCCUAAGUAAGGGCCUCUAUGGAAUAAGUGAAGAAAUAUUCCUUAGUGUCCCAUGUAUCCUGGGAGAGAAUGGUAUCGCAGACCUUAUAAAAGUAAAACUGAGCCUUGAAGAGGAGGCCUGCUUGCAAAAGAGUGCAGAAGUACUUUGGAAAAUUCAGAAGGAGCUCAAGCUUUAAAGUUGCUUAAAGCUACCAUUCUGUAGAUUGAAGAUGAA